AGUUCUGUUAGUCUUUAACUUGUGAUUUUGAUCUUAGUGUAAUGAAAACGUGUAUAAAAUAAUGUUUUUUAACAACAAAGCGCAAGCUGUGAUAGCAUUUUUCUCGUUAGCCUUUGCUUCACACUUUGUUUAUAAACACUUUAGAAAAAAGUAUAAAAAGGCUGCAAUAAACGAGGUGAUAAUGUUCUCAUAUGGUACCACAGGGGUGAAAAGAAGCAAACUAUCACGCUGUUUAAUAUCGCCGAGUAUGGAGCGUCUACUUUACUAUUUAAGUUCUCCUCGACGAAGUAUAGAUAUCUGCAUGUACGUAAUGACGAAUGUCGAAUUGACGAACGAAAUACUCAAGCUGGCCAUUCGUGGUGUAAGAAUUCGUGUAAUUAUCGAUGCUGAUAUGGCAUUCUCUAAUGGCUCAUCGUUAAAACGUUUGGAGAAGCAAGGUAUACCUGUACGUUGGAUGAAAUCUACAAAUCUGAUGCACCAUAAGUUCUGCUUGAUUGACACAGAAUUUGACGACAUUCGGUGUACACCUUUAGUAAUAAUUGGCUCUCUAAAUUGGACAACACAAGCCCUAAAUGGUAACUGGGAAAAUGUUGCAGUGACGUCUCAGGAAACACUAGUGGAACAGUACAAAAAUGAAUUUGAUAGACUGUGGUUGGAAUUCAAACCAAUUGUUGAUAUUGCAUAGUUCAAGUAUUCUUCCUACUUAUGUUAAUAAAGUAUUAUAAACUGUG